GGUGGAGGAUGGGAAGCAGCGUCGUGAUGGUGGUGUUGUCUUGACGCACCAGACCAGUCGUUCCUACCACACAUUUUUUGGCCUUCUUUGCCUUUACUUGACAUCACUCGUAAUUCCAAAAUGAGUGAGACAAGUGCAGUUGUCGAGAAAUCUCUUCGUUCAGUCUUCGUUGGCAACAUUCCCUAUGAAGCAACAGAAGAGAAGCUUCGGGACAUAUUCAGCCAGGCUGGUCCUGUGUUGUCCUUCAAACUUAUGUAUGACCGUGAGUCUGGCAAACCAAAAGGCUAUGGCUUCUGUGAAUAUAAGGACCAAGAAACAGCUCUAUCUGCUAUGCGCAAUCUCAACGGAUAUGAAAUUGGUGGACGACCUUUACGUGUUGACAAUGCCUGCACUGAGAAGUCUAGAAUGGAGAUGCAAAGUUUAAUGAUGGGUCCUGUGGUUGAAUCUCCCUAUGGCCCUGACGUUGAGCCAAACAAAGCCCCAGAAGCCAUCAGUAACGCAGUGGCCUCUCUCCCCCCGGAACAAAUGUACGAGCUGAUGCGACAGAUGAAGCUGUGUGUCCGUAACAACCCCAGUGAGGCUCGCACCAUGCUCAUGAACAACCCUCAGCUGGCCUAUGCUUUACUCCAAGCUCAGGUAGUUAUGAGGAUUAUCGACCCCAAAACAGCCGUUCAGAUACUCCAUGGAGGGCGAGAGGCGGUUGAACCGUUAAUGCCUACGGGAACAGUACCUCCACCAACCUCAAUUCCUCCACCAACCUCCGCUCCACCAACCCUCAAUGGUGGACUCCCCGUCCCCACCAGUGGACCUCCACCACCCUCCAACUUACCCACUCGUUAUCCUCCACCAAUGACAGGUGGGCCUGGUAACUUUCAGGGUCCACCCCCUGGACCACCACCAACACGAGGACCUCCUUUCCCAGUAAGUGGUGACUUUGACAUGCGGCAGCUGGGAGGGGCACCGAGGGGACCACCACCUCAAGGUAACGACCAAGACAUGCGACUACCUCCGCCUGGCAUGACGGGUCCCCCUCCACCCCACGAUAACUAUGGCGGGCAACACCAUGACUUUGACAGCAGCCGACAAUCAAAGGAAUCAGAAGGCAACGAUAGGUAUCCCCGUGAUCCUCGCUCUGACUUUGACCAGCGAGACCAGAGGACAGAACAGCGGGAUCAGCGUUUCCGAGAACCCCCGCCGAGCCGUGAACCUCGAGAAAACUUUAACCGCAGUGACCCGAGAGAUACCAGGGAGCGAGACCGUGAGUCCCGAAGCUACCGUGACACUCGGGACAACAGGGACCAAAGAAGCAGCGAAACGCGUGAACAGCGCGACAAUAGAGACCCCAGAGCUGGAGACAGAGACUACCGCAACAAUCCUCCCAGCGAUGCCCGGGACCCACGAGGGGCGCGCCCAACCUUCCCUCAGGAUAAGGACUUCAGAAGCAGUGGAAACCCACCUCCUCCUCCCAUUGGUGGACCCUCACAACCUCCUCCUCGAGGUGUUCCCCCACCUGCAACUGCUCCUGCUGCCCUUCCUGCCAGCCUAGCAGGACAAGAUCAAGAGAAGGCCAGUUUGAUCAUGCAGGUGUUGCAGCUCUCUGAUGAACAGAUAAAGAUGCUUCCACCAGAGCAGCGAGCCUCCAUCCUGCAGCUGAAGGAGCAGAUUCAGCGUUCUCAACAUUAGAUUUUAGAAUAAGUUCUUAUUAUUUUAGUAUUAAGAGAUGGAUCACAGCAAACUGCAAUAUCAGUUUAUUUAAACUGGUAUUAUAUCAGCCAUUAUUUGUACUGUAUAUUACUUUAACCAUAAAAUAUUUCACAAAUUCUAACUGUGAUUUAUGGUGCCAAUAUAUUUUAUUUUUAGGGGGGAGGGCCUGGUAUGUUUUAUUAUUAGGGCAUGGUAUGGUUUUUCUUUUUUUGGGGGGGGGGUAAGCUCUUACAGGAAAAUUGAAUCAUAUUUUUUGUUUUGUUUUUGUCAGUUACAGACACUGGCGAUGAACGUGUUCAUCUGGGAGGGCUAAAGACAUUAUAUGACAGCUUAUUUUAUUAUAUUAAGGAGACAGGAGAACUAUUUGUAAACAUUUGGAAUUAAAUACAUCUACCGAUUUGAAUAUUU